AUGGAUUCCCUCCUCAGCGCCGGCAAGGACUUUCUUGCUAAGAACAGCAACAACGGCGGCAGCAACAACAACAACAACAACAACAACAACAACAACAACAACAACAACAACAGCAGUAGUAGCAGCAACAACCAGGGUGGUGGCAACAGCGAUCUCUUCACCAGUGUCCUCAGCUCCCUCACCCACAAGGAAGAUGACUUGAAGAACGGUGACGUCGACGAGAAGGACGCCGCCGACAAGCACGACCAGGUCUACAACAAGGGCGACAACAACACCAGCGUCAACGCCAUGGGCACCGCCGCUGCCAUGCAGGCCCUCAAGAAGUUCACCUCUGGCGGCAAGGAAGAGGGCGGCAACAAGAACGACUUUGUCAGCCUCGCUAUGGGCGAAGCCAGCAAGCUGUUCGACUCCAAGGCCGCCGACGGCAGCGUCGCCAACGGCGCCGAGAAGAGCUCCGUCAUCCAAAAGGCCGCCGAGGUCGCCAUGAAGCUCUACUUCAAGUCUCAGAUGCAGCAGAGCGGCGGCGGCCUCGGCGGCCUCGCCAACAUGGCCUCGCAGUUCAUCAAAUAA